CAGAAAGAAGAAGAAUGUUUCCGGUUCACCUAUGAGUUCAUGUGGGGUCGGAUUAUCCAAACAACACAAAGUCAUGGCAGAGAAAGGAGCACAAGGAGCCGGUGAAGCUCCACUGACGGCGGCACAGAAACAGCUCCUCCGCCGCCGACAGGAGCUCCAGUCCUGGCAGAAGGACGCAGCGCGGCUCCGCGGGAGGAACCUGCUGACCGGCCUGACCAUCGGAGCGUUUGUGAUCGGCGUGUUCAGCCACACCAUCUUGUCCGUCAGACAGGACAGAAUCAUUGAGGAGCUAGAUGAUGAAGCCAAGAUCCACAUCCUGAGAGGGCCACAGACCGGCGCCAACUCCUGAUAACACUGACCAUGAACUGAGCUGGACUUACUGUACCCUCACGACAGGGCGAAUUUGGCGGGCUCAUGUUGUGACUGUAUGUUCAGUGGCAUGUGAUGUGUCUGCUGAGCUCCUCAUACUUUCAUUUACAUCCGAUCUGUCACUCUAAAGGAGGUUAUAGUUUUUCAUUGAUUCUUUUCUGUUUGUAAAUAUAUAAGAUUUAUUGUUGACACGUCUUUUCUGAACUAUUUUUGUGUGUGCGUGCAAACCUACUUUGGAUCAGCAUGUUGUGGGAAAAAAAAUAAGAACUGUUCAUUUCUCAAUGAAUUCCAAUUAAAUUAAAAAGUUGGUUUACAUACCACAUAACAUGAA